CACACGCGGCACGUGCCGGAGUUUUCGUCCUGUCACGCGUGCAUACUCGCGAAACGUUUUGCCAAUUCGUCAAGCUGUCCACUCUCUCGCGUUCCAGCUAAUCGCUCGCGUCGACGUGAAACAAUUCAAGAAUGUCGUACGAAGUGUCAGUCUCGGCGACCUGUCCGGAACCGUACCUCGGGCCGAGCCUCGCUCAGACCUGUCCCGGAUCGCAGUUCCUGACAUUCAUGACCCUGCUGGACACGUUCGUCCGUGGCAAGGAAGAAAUUUCCCAGCUCUGCGAACGAGUCAGACCAAUCGAUCCAGCCGGGUACAACUACGACUUCAUCGUCAUCGGUGGGGGAACGGCCGGUUCCGUAGUGGCGUCUAGGCUCAGCGAUCUACCGGAAUGGAAAGUUCUGCUGCUCGAGGCUGGGCCCGAUGAGCCACCUGGUGCCGAUAUCCCGAGCAUGGUCGCCAUGUUUCUCGGCACGGAGAUCGACUGGCAGUAUCGCACCGUGAACGAAACGAACGCCUGUCUUUCGACUGGUGGAUCGUGCAGCUGGCCGCGAGGUAAGAACCUCGGUGGCACUUCGGUUCACAAUGGCAUGAUGUACACGCGGGGUCACGCCAGAGAUUACAACGACUGGGCGGCGAUGGGCAACGUGGGAUGGUCUUGGCAGGAGGUCUUGCCGUAUUUCAUGUGCUCGGAGAACAACACGGAGAUCAAUCGCGUUGGACGGAAGUAUCACGCAACCGACGGGUUGCUCAACGUCGAGAGGUUCUCUUGGAGGCCCGACAUCUCCGAGGACAUCCUCGCGGCCGCCGUCGAGAGAGGAUACCCGAUCACGAUGGACCAUAACGGCGACCAGAUCACAGGGUUCACGGUCGCUCAAACGAUGAGCAAGAACGGCGUACGACAAAGCAGCGCGGCCGCUUUCCUACGGCCGUUCCGUUACAGGCGGAACCUUCAGGUCGUUCUAAACGCCACCGCCACGAGAAUCAUUAUCGAGAACGGCAAGGCAGUCGGCGUACAGUAUCACAAAGACGGCGUGCUCCGAGAGGCGCGAGCCUCGAAGGAGAUAAUCGUCUCCGGCGGCGCUGUCAACUCCCCUCAGCUGUUGCUGCUCUCCGGAAUCGGGCCGAAGGAGCAUUUAGCAGCCGUGAACGUAAGCGUUGUCGAAGAUCUUCCAGGGGUCGGCGAGAAUCUACAGAAUCACGUGUCGUACACACUGUCCUGGACGAUUAAUCAGCCGGACGAGUUCGAUCUGAAUUGGGCGGCAGCGUUGGAGUACGUCGCGUUCCAGAGGGGGAUAAUGGCGUCAACCGGCCUCUCCCAAUUAACCGGAAUCCUGUCGUCCCCCUACACCACCGCCGAUCAUCCUGAUCUUCAGUUCUUUUUCGGCGGGUAUCAAGCGUCGUGCGCUACCACCGGAGAGAUCGGAUCUCUCAUGGACGACGGCCGUCGUAGCAUAAGCAUAUCGCCGACGAAUCUUCGGCCGCGCAGCAGAGGAGUCCUCCGCUUGGCUAGCAACGAUCCUCUCGCAAAGCCCGUGAUCUAUGGGAACUAUUUGACCGAUCCGUUGGACGUUGCCACUCUUGUCGAGGGAAUUCAGAUAGCCUUGUCCUUCGGUAACACUACCGCCAUGGCGAAAUAUAAUAUGACGCUGAGCAACCACCCUUUGGAAGCUUGCUCACGGUACCCGUUCCUAAGCAACGAUUACUGGAGCUGCGCUGUGCGCCAGGACACCGGCCCGGAGAAUCAUCAGGCAGGCUCCUGUAAAAUGGGUCCAUCGUCCGACCCAAUGGCUGUUGUGGAUCCGCAGCUCAGGGUGCACGGUAUCAGAGGGUUGCGGGUCGCCGACACGUCCAUCAUGCCUCAGGUGACGUCCGGAAACACGGGCGCUCCGGCGAUCAUGAUCGGCGAAAGGGCGGCGGCGUUCAUCAGGUCGGAUUGGGGCGCUGGGCCGACACAAUGUUCCCGUUCGACGAUCGACAACUCGCUGGAUCUGUUGCUUUGGGGGAUCAAAUACAUCGACUGGGACCAGGCGGCCUGGUAGCCUACGAUCCUCGAUCGAUCUAGUCAUCGUGAUUUAGCGGGUUUCUUUCUAUGAAAGGGAAAUUACACAGCUUGCUGUCUCAACUCCUGGCGCAACGUCACCAAAGAGACGAGUCCGAAAGAGUGCCUAGCCUUUCUUUUCGUCGUCGUCGCUGCAAUCCAGUCGAUCGGACACUGUGGAACGAAGAAUCGACACGAUUACACUCGCUGAAUUCGAGUGAACGCGAGUGAACUGUUGUUGUUGUUGUUGUUGUUACUAGGUUGCGAAUGCUUAUGCGGAUUAGAAACAUUCGUCUACGUUAUUAACCGUUCAGGGACGAUGUACUGUAGUAAUUUUUGUGCGACUUGUUACCUCGACUUGUUAAUUAUACGCAAUGAAAUCAAAAUUAUAUAAAUGAAUGGAAUCAAUA